AGAGCAUACAGGAAAGUAGAAGAAGAAGAAGAAGAAGAAGAAGAAGAAGAAGAAGAAGAAGAAGAAGAAGAAGAAGAAGUCGCCGACGUCGUCAAUCGUUAAAUUUGGGGAUUAAAUGGCCUCAAGGUUCGUCGUACUGUGUUGAUACAUCGUGGUCAUAUCGCAGUAAAUUCCGACCAAAAUGGCAUUUCGACCAAGGUGGAACUCUAUGCGUGUCCAUUAUGAACAGCAAUUCUCGCCAGUGGAUUCCAGAGAGGUGACAGUGCAUCGAGUGGUCAACAUUGUUGAAAGGAGGACUCCCAUCCAUUCUGCAAGGGGGGACUAUAACAGAGGAUAUGAAGAUGGCCGGUGGUUUGAUGACGACCCAUGCUAUCGUGGCGAAGAAUGUCCCAGGGAUGAUAAUUACCUACCAGAUCGAUAUUACGACGAAAACCCCAAUUAUGGCAAUUUCAACAGAAACUCCUCACUCCACCAUCAGGAGCCACCCUAUCAACGUCCACGUUAUGACAGAGAUGAUUUGAGGCAUCAGAUACGCUCAAGGAAAAACGGCCGACCCGGUCCAUAUUUUAAUAACAGGGGUCGAGGCCACUCUCAAAAUCGAGAAGACCAUAAUCACUUUAGGCACUCGCAGAACGUAAAAGGGGACUGGGAUCACUCAUCUGGGAAGAGGAAAAGUCAACCAACUGCCAAAAAGAACGUCUCUCCCGAGUCGGCCAAAGGCUCUGCACACCCUCAAAAGAAUAAGCCUGUUGCUGUUCCAACCCCAUCUCCGAGUGUCCCUGCAGAGGAACCUCCUCAAGAGUCUUCAUCAACAAAGGCUUUGAAAUCAGAACCAGUUUCUAAACCUGGUGACCUCACCGCUGACCCUCGACCUUUGCUCUACCAGGAAAAAGCCACUGAUUCUGUACCGGAGGAGGAGGUGGCGGAGGAGGUGGCGGAGGCGGCGGCGGAGGAGGAGGCAGCGGAGGAGGCGGUGGCGGAGGAGGCGGUGGCGGAGGAGGAGGCGGUGGCGGAGGAGGCGGCGGCGGCGGCGGAGGAGGAGGUGGCGGCGGCGGAGGAGGAGGAGGCGGCGGCGGAGGAGGAGGAGGCGGCGCCGGCCGCAACAGCGGCAGCUGCUCCUCCUAGCAUGGAGCCCGAGACGACCCAAGAUGAAGAAUUAAAGGCCCGGCGGUCGGAAGCCAUUAAAGCCAAAGCUCUGGAAAUUGAGAAGCAUUACAGACAGGAUUGCGAGACAUUCGUCACGGUGGUGAAAAUGCUGGUAUCCAAGGAGCCCACUUUGGAGAAUCUUCUUCAUGGUGCUCUGAAUGCAAACUUGUCGGAGAUGAAACAGAACUGCUUUGCUGCCCUCAGGCACUAUGUGAAAGAACUCGAUGAGGCAUUGGAGUUGUCGGACACUACAGCUUAAUGUGGACAUCGUUUUUUUUUUUUUUUUUUUAACUAGUUUUUCUUUUAAUCACAUUCUUCCAGGGGAAUGAAGUGUGUUUUUACUUGGUUAAUAUCAUUGAUAAUUUAAUCUGUUUUUGUUUUUAAUAAGAUACAGUAUAUAAAGUUCCUGCACUUUUCCACUUAACAAAUCUAUUGUUUCAGACUCCAUUCGAACAGUUAAACUGAUAGUGUUGUUUGUCAAGUGCAGUGAAAAUGGUUGUAUGAAAACCCAAAUAUUUUACUGGUGAAGGUACAACUGUUUUUUAUCUUGCCAAUAAAUGUUUAGGAUGGUCUAACAAAAGCUAAUUCAGGAACCUUUUCUUAUAUUAUUAUACAGAAGUAUUGCACUGUAAUUAGCAGAAAUCUGAUGUAUUUGAGGGUUACGUCAAAUUGUGUCUCAAUUUGGAGUGCCUUGCCGUAGUGAUUAAAACUAGGGCCGAACGAUUAAUCGAAUUCAAACCAACAUCGCAAUGUAAUAGAAUGCAAUUUUCAAAUCGUGGAGGCUGCGAUUUAAAAAAACAAAAAACGUUCAUGUCAAAUAUGAGUUAACGUGGCAGAUAUUCAUGUGCUGUAAAAACGUCUACCAUAUGGUUUGUAAUUCUAUGGCUAUCUUAGAUUUCCCUCUAGCCGCUACUGACGGCAAGUUGAGUUUUUCCUCCAAGCAGGACAGACAGACUCACAGGCUUUUAAAUCUGCGGCAAGCCGAGCAGCCACGAGUCCCUCGCAAUCGAUUGAUAAAGAGGAGCCCGCAGGCGGGCAGGCCCUUGCUCAACAACAAAUUGAAGCAUAUAACCAUGAGGUACCUUUUGAAGUGUUAAUGUUCAUCCUGCAGCUAGCUGUCUUCAUCAACACAAAAGCCACGGCUACGCUGUCACAGUUUGGUUAAGUGGGCUGGCCGUGGCUGGCUUGGCACAGUGGCGUAGCUAGUCAUUUGGAAGCCGGAUGCAAACCCUUUCACAGGGCUGUCCACAUCCACAAAAACUUUUUUUUCUUCUUCAAUUUUUACAAGGGGUGACUACUGUAUGUACGGUAUUUAGACCACUUUGUCCUGCUUUUGAAAUCUGUUACAAUUAUAAGAGAGAUUAAUACUAGUGACUGGACAUAACCAUUUUUAUAUGCUCCUCCAUCCAGUGAAUAUUUACCACCAAAGAUUUUGAAUGUUUAUCAACAAAGGUGUGAAUUUGAGAAAAGUCUCCCUUUCCCUUAGCUAGAUAGUCCUUGAAGAUUAUGAUCUAACAAAUGAAUUAGCUUAACACUUUUACUGUAAUUGAUAACAUUAUAUAUAAACAUUAAUCAAUGUUUAAUAUAGUUUACCAUUUGGACUGCUUUAAUAUUUGCAUCUAUGAUUAAUAUUCACAUCUUGGUAAAGAGAAACAUCACACUUGUCACCCUCCACUUUCUUUACUACAUCCUCCUCAGCUGUCACAGACAGCGUGCUACUGGCAAACAUCAGUACAUGCUUACAAGGUUGGUAGUUUACAAGGCUUGAUGUUAAAUUAGUCCAUAUUCUGCUGUGAUUGAAGGUUUUUCUUUUUCCAAUUCAAUGUUAAAAUAAAGAAGUUAUCAAUUCAUCAGAACAUUUAGGCCAGAAAAAUGGAAAGAGUUGUUUAUAUGUUGAUUGUAUCCAAUUUAAUGUUGCUCAUGGAAUCAUUUAUUUCUUGCAUUUAGUGAAUAAUGCCGAAGAUAACAAACUUAAAUAAAAUAUUUGAUUUGUCUUCUAAA